AUGAAGAAAGAAAAAGAAAAAAUGGUGAAUGCUGUAACUCACAGUCUGAGAGUGUGUGUGCCCGUGUUGAAGUUGAACCCCAGUUGCAGAGGGAGCAAGAGCAGUAGCAACAGCGUCUUUCUGAAACCCUUUGCCAAAUUCCCAUCCCUCACCACUCAAAUUCGCCACGCCUCUUUUCACCGAUUACCAUCAUUCGCCGACACAGUUUCAGACUCAAAGCACACAACCCUUCUGGUUGAGACUUACCAUCUCCAUGACAGCUUCAGAGCCUUCAUUGCAAAGCUUCAGAGGGAGGAUUCGAACCCACUCCACAUACUCGCCCAAGACGGAGAUUGGUCCAAAGACCAUUUCUGGGCUGCCGUCAGGUUCCUUCAAAAUUCCUCAAGGUUCGCCGAAAUACUUCAGGUAGGGACCCUCAUAGCAGUGUUUAAUUUCGUGUUUAAUAUGUGGAAGAACAUUGAGAAGUCGCGGAUUAGUGAGUUUAACUAUAACAAGAUCAUAGGCUUGUUAUGUGAAGAUGGAAUUAUGGAAGAUGCGUUAUCUGCAUUGCAAGAGAUGAAAGUUCAAGGAAUCAAGCCUUCUUUGGACACCUACAAUCCAAUAAUUCACGGAUUAUCCGGAGCUGGUAAGUUCAGUGAUGCUUUACGGUUUUUAGAUGAGAUGAAAAAAUCUGGCUUAGAGCCAGAUUCUGAAACCUAUGAUGGUUUGAUUGGAGCCUAUGGGAAAUUUCAAAUGUAUGAUGAGAUGGGUGAAUGUGUGAAAAAGAUGGAGUUGGAUGGAUGUUCUCUUGAUCAUAUAACUUAUAAUAUACUUAUCCAAGAGUAUGCUCGUGGUGGGCUACUCCAGAGAAUGGAAAAGCUAUAUCAAAGAAUGCUUUCAAAAAGAAUGCAUUUGCAAUAUUCUACUUUUGUUGCAAUGCUAAAGGCUUAUACCACAUUUGGUAUUGUUGAAAAGAUGGAAAAGUUUUACGGAAAAGUCUUGAACUCAAAAACAUGUCUAGAGGAUGAUUUCAUUAGAAAAAUGGCUGAAGUUUAUAUUAAGAACUACAUGUUUUCUAGAUUAGAGGACCUGGCACUAGAUUUAUGUUCAGCAUUUGGUGAGAGUGACCUUGUCUGGUGUCUCCGUCUUCUUUCUUAUGCAUGUCUUUUGAGUAAAAAAGGUAUGCAUAUAGUUGUUCAAGAAAUGCAAGAUGCAAAGGUUAAUUGGAAUGUUUCUGUUGCAAAUAUCAUCAUGUUGUCUUAUAUGAAGAUGAAAGAUUUCAGGCAUUUGAGAAUUUUACUGUCUCAAUUGCCAAUCUAUCGGGUGCGGCCUGAUAUUGUUACUAUUGGAAUUCUAUUGGAUGCCAAUAGAAUUGGUUUUGAUGGUAGAGGAGCUUUAGAAUCAUGGAGAAGAAUUGGCUAUCUGGACAGAGUAGUAGAAUUGAAAACAGAUUCUCUGGUCUUUACUGCAUUUGGUAAAGGUCAUUUUCUUAAAAGCUGUGAAGAAGUGUACUCGUCCCUUCACCCUGAUGACAGAGAAAGGAAAAAAUGGAGUUACAAUGAUCUCAUUGCUUUAUUAAAAAAAAAAAAAAAAACAUAA